AACAUUACACACCAUUAUUUCCUGACAAACUGCUCGAUGGCCGCUAUGGCUGUACUUCUGUGUUCCAUCAUUCUUCUCUCGCUCGGUCAUGUCUGUGAGUCGACAUUUACUUUUGCAACGAGCUACACAGACCACAUGGUCCUUCAAAAGGGCCCACGUGGUGCUCUUAUUUGGGGAAAAUCUUCCAAACUAGGGGACACAGUUCAUGUGGCAUUGAAUGGCGAGGAAGUGGCCCACACUAAUGUAACCCAUGACAGUUAUGGAGGAUUCAUGUGGAUGGCGAAGGUGGUCAUGAACACAGACAAGUACGGUCCCUACAAUCUCACGGCGUGGUCAAGUCUAGGGUCGCUGACUCUACAAGACGUAAUGUUUGGUGACGUGUGGGUGUGCUCUGGUCAGAGUAAUAUGCAGUUUCCAUUAAAGUGGUUGAUCAAUGCCACACAGGAAUACGCUGACGCAUCAAAUUACGUCAACGUACGCGUGUUCAGGGAACGUUUGCAAAAAUCUAACGUUUCACUGGAGGACUACAGGCCUUAUCUCCCUUGGUCUAAGCCAAGUCAAAGUUCACUGAACUUAUUUUCUGCGGUCUGUUGGCUGUUUGGAAAACGCCUUUCGUCGCAGUUCGGAUACCCUAUUGGCCUGAUGGAAACUAACGUUGGAGGAACAAAAAUAGAGGCAUGGUCCUCUCAGGACGCUUUGAACGCGUGUACGUCUACUAAGAGUAAGGCACCGAGUUCGUCACUUUGGAAUGGAAUGGUGACUCCGAUCCUGCGAUAUACCAUAUACGGUGCCAUCUGGUAUCAAGGGGAGUCAAAUGCCCAUAACCCGGACCUCUACGCCUGUCAGUUCCCCGCCAUGAUAACUGACUGGAGACACAAGUUCAGUGCCGCUUCUCUCCACACGACUUCAGCAAGUUUCCCAUUUGGAUUUGUUCAACUUGCGGCUCACAGAAACGUCUCAGCCGCCACUGGUUUCCCGUUCCUGCGAUGGUCUCAGACGGCUGGCUACGGCAAGGUUCCAAACGCCAAGAUGCCGAAUACCUUCAUGGCAGUAGCUAUGGAUCUGCCCGACUUUGAAUCUCCACGUGGAAGUAUUCAUCCCCGAUACAAACACGAUGUGGCCUCCCGACUCGCACUCGCAGCUCUCGGCGUUGCGUACCAUCAACCGGGGCUAGAUUACGAGGGUCCAUAUCCUUCUGCAUACCACGUGACCGGUCAUUCCUUAAACAUAGAGUAUGACCAUGGGCGAUCUCCCAUCACACUGACCGCCAAUGCUACGCGAACAGGAGUAGGCGCCGAAUUUGAGGUUUGCUGCUUGGCUCGUCAAUGUGCCGCCACGCAUCGGUACUGGAAAUCUGUCCCAAUUGUAUCACAUGGCGUGUCAUCCGUCACGCUUGAUACAACUAAAUGUGGUAACGUGUCCGUGUCUGCAGUCCGGUACGCCUGGAGGGAGAGUCCGUGUGAAUUCAAACAGUGUGCUGUGUACGGGAGAGACAACGACCUACCAGCUCCACCAUUCUACCACAGCCUCCACUAAUCACGUGUAAAAUCGUGAAAUAAUAAAAAAAAUGUCCAUUACACUCCAACAUGUGUAGAAUCGUGAAAUAAUAAAAAAUGUCCAUUACACUCCAACAUGUGUAGAAUCGUGAAAUAAUAAAAAAUGUCCAUUACACUCCAACAUGUGUAGAAUCGUGAAAUAAUAAAAAAUGUUCAUUACACUCCAACAUGUGUAGAAUCGUGAAGUAAUAAAAAAAUGUCCAUUACACUCCAACAUGUGUAGAAUCGUGAAAUAAUAAAAAAUGUUCAUUACACUCCAACAUGUGUAGAAUCGUGAAAUAAUAAAAAAUGUCCAUUACACUCCAACAUGUGUAGAAUCGUGAAAUAAUAAAAAAAAUGUCCAUUACACUCCAACAUGUGUAGAAUCGUGAAAUAAUAAAAAAUGUUCAUUACACUCCAACAUAUGUAAAAUCGUGAAAUAAUAAAAAAUGUUCAUUACACUGCAACAUGUGUA